AUGACUGAAUUGAAUGAGUUGGGGCGUACAUUAGCAAAACAAGCUCAUUUGAUGAGGUGUUGUUUCAGACCGCCUGAGAAGAAAUUCACUGGUGGAAAAGGAUAUUACCCAAUGCCCGUCCUAAUGCAAGGUGUUAUGAGGUUGGAUAAGACCCUAUCUUUGGCAUAA